AUGCCCGGAGCACCACCCUUCUACAUCGGGAUGGAGGUGGUGAUCGCGGUCGCGUCUGUGAUCGGGAACGUGAUGGUGGUCUGGGCGGUGAAAAUUAACAAGUCGCUGCGAGAUAACACGUUUUGCUUCAUCGUCUCCCUGGCUCUGGCGGAUAUUGCGGUGGGCGCCCUCGUCAUCCCCCUGGCACUCACCAUCAGCAUCGGACUUCAGACUCACUUUUACAGCUGCCUGCUCGUGGCGUGCACGGUGCUGGUGCUGACGCAAAGUUCAAUCCUCGCCCUCCUGGCCAUUGCAAUUGACCGCUAUCUCAGGGUCAAGAUCCCGACCAGGUACAAGCAGGUGGUGACCCCUCGGCGAGCAGGGCUGGCGGUGGUUGUUUGCUGGACGGUGGCUUUCAUCGUGGGCUUCACACCAAUGUUGGGCUGGAACAACCUGAGGCGCCUCCAGCAGGACGGCCUCAACAGCUCCAACCUCAUUAUCACCUGCCAGUUUGAAAAUGUCAUCAGCAUGGACUACAUGGUGUAUUUUAACUUCUUCGGCUGGGUGCUGCCGCCGCUCCUCCUCAUGCUGGUUAUCUAUGCAGAGAUCUUCUACAUGAUCCACAAGCAACUCAACAGAAAGAAGUUCACCACCAGCCACACUGACCCCAACAAGUACUACGACAAGGAGCUGAAUCUUGCUAAAUCCCUGGCCCUGGUCCUUUUUCUCUUUGCUGUCAGCUGGCUCCCCCUCCACAUCAUCAACUGCAUCACACUCUUCUGCCCUGACUGCAAGAAGCCCAUAUCCGUCAUCUACGUCGCCAUCCUGCUCACCCACGGCAACUCCGCUGUCAACCCAAUCAUCUACGCUUUUCGCAUCAAGAAGUUCCGCACAGCCUUCCGGAAAAUCUGGCACCAGUACUUCUGCUGCAAGGACACGCCAGCUCUGGAGAUUCAGCCCAGCGACAGGAAGGAGAUGCCCAAUUCAGAGCCACUGCAUGCCCUGCCACCCAAGAAGGAAGUCCCUAAGUCUGAUCCACCACCACAGCUGCAGUCUCCACCUGAGCAGCCGCAGCAGAACCAGAGGCCCGAACCACUGCAGAAGCCUAAAGAGCAUCCGGCCUCACUGGAGCAGAACACAGUCUAA